AAACGGUUUUUCUUUACAUACUUAACUGAAAAGACCAGAUGGAUUUCAUUUCCAUCCGAUAUUUAGUUAUUAACAGAUCUAAUUGCUUAUAGCUAUGAGACGUACUAAAACAACCGCUCGUAAAAGUAUCGGCGGUAAAGCUCCUCGGUUACCCUCUAUCGGAGGUUAUUGUUUUUCUCAUGGUAGUACCUCCUUAAUCUGCUCAUACAAUUGGAUUAUUCGGAAUUAUACCUUUUGUUUUGAUGAGACGAGCUCAUUUUUGAGUAGCCCGAUUUUCGUAGUUAGAAGCAUACCCAACACAGAAUGGUGUCUCCGUCUAUCACAGGAAUCAAACUAUAUGGGGGUUCAUCUAGCAACAAAUUGUAUGGGUGAAACUUCUUUUUCGAAAGAUGAUGACGCACCCUCUUCGAAUAAGGAUAGAUCGUCAUCAUCAUCAUCUUCGGAUUCAGAAAAUUCAGAAGAUGAAAUGGAUAUGUUUAAUGUAAAGUUGGUAGUUAUUGGUGCAAGGGGUGUGAUAGGAGUUGAGUUUCAUGAUGAUCUUCGAGUUAACUCUGAAGGAGGACUUUCGCUUCAAUGUGGAUCAUAUCGUUUUAUUUCGAAGGAGAAAAUAGAGAACGAUACUCUUCAUUCGGAUACUAUUACUGUUUGUUGCAAUAUGUAUUCAUGCUAUAAUAAGAGAAAAUACGAGAGAAUUGCCAGAAUAGUAGAAAUACGAGAUAAUUAUGUAGCUAAAACUAGUGUAUUGGUUGAUAAAUUGACAUGGGGUUACAAAUUUAACUCUAGUCAGUUGAUUGAUACUGAGCAAAAAAUUCCAGUGAAAGACGGAUCUUUUGGCAUAUCUGGAAUAUCUUUCCUCAAGAAUGAGAAUUUAAAGAUGAGAAUUCAUUUUGUAAGACCAAAAGUGAACAAAUAUCAUGGGUUUAUCAUCGAUUGCAAUAUCACUCUGCUGAACGGAAGUUGCAAAAUUUGCUCAGAAAGGAAACGAGGUCGCUUCGAUUCUUCUAAGCCUUUUUGGGAAUUUAUUUUAAAUGCCUUUUCCCUUCCACUACGAAACCUCCUAACUUCUGGGAAAGAAAAAGAAUUCACGUUACUAUGUGAGUUCGCAUUUUCGGAUGGGAAAAAAUUGCACACUUUAGACAUCCAAGAAGAAGACUUGCGGAACAUAUUUUCGAACAGAAACAACUGCGGUGUCAGUUUUGAAACAGGAGAGGUUCUUGAAGCUAACAGGACUGUCUUAGAUACUCAAUCGCCAUCUAUUUUCGACCAAAACGGACCUGAAGACCAAUCAGUGAGAAUAGCCGAAGAUUUUUCUGGAGAGAUAAGUACGGUGAAUUUGUUUUCGGAUUGUCUGAAUACUGAUCGUAUAGCAAAAAUGGAUUAUGAACGUGCAAAGCUUGUGAUACUAAAUGCCGAAAAAUACUCUAAACACUUAUCAUACCUAAAGGAAAAGAGUUUGGCCCUCUUAAAAUCAGCUAUAUCGGAAAAGAAUGCUUGUGAAAUAUUAAGUCUAGCUGGUGUUUCUCAUUGUAAUGAGCUUAAAGAUCUAGUAGUGGAUUUUUUAGUUGCUAAUUCCGACAAAUUUUUGUCCAAACCACAAUGGCUUGAAUGGAUUAAGGACAAUAUGCAGUUAGCUUCUGUUGUUUUGUCCAAAAUAUCUACCAGGUUAUCUACUUCGCAAACCACAGAAUGCGCAUCGACUUCUAACUCCGAGCAUCAACAGAAGAAGAGAAGAGUAGACUGAAUAAAGUUACCAGAAUAAAUCGAUGAAGUUGCCUGGACAAACGAAAAACUUGGGACAAUAAAGGGAAAAACCAUAUUUAAUACCAUGCUUAAAAACCAGUCAUAAAAUAUUUUU